AUCUUCUGUCUGUACUACGUGAUGAUGAUGAUGUGCCCGAAUAGCGUCAACUGGGUGAAGAUGAACGAUCGACGGAAAUGGGAUGAAGAAUGAGUGAAGGAAAGGGUAUAAGUCCAAGUGAGGAUUGAGAGUGGUCGAUAUCGCCAUGUCCUCCUAUGCAGAGAUUCACCUACGCUACACGCUCCCCCCCUGCCUAGUCCUCUUCCUCCUCUCUUAUCCCUUCUCCAACUCAAGACAUCAUUUCGCCCUUCUAUUCCUCCUCUCUGUCGUCAUCCUCUGCACCGCACCAUGGGAUAGUUAUGUCAUCCACAGAGGUAUAUGGGCAUAUCCAUCAAAUAACGUCAUGGCAACUCUCUUCCGUAUCCCUGUCGAAGAGUUCGCAUUCUUCGUAAUCCAAACUUAUAUGACAACAUCCCUCUAUUCAAUAAUCACAAAACCAACAUUUCACCCUUCCCUCCUCCCUCCCCGCAAACGCCGUGGCACGCUCGGUUCUCUCCUCCUGCUCAUCCCCCUACUCCCCUGUAUACCCCUAUCAUGCACGACCUCCCACUGGACGUACACAGCGCUCAUCGUCCUCUGGUCAGCCCCUUUCCUCUCAGGUCUGUGGUACGUCUCCGGCCCUCACCUACUCCGGCUUCCGCGGAAGGACGUCCUUAUCCCUAUCCUCCUCCCGGCGGCGUACCUCUGGCUAGUGGACGGGCACGCGAUUCGUUCUGGCAUAUGGACGAUCUCUGAGCGCACCAAACUCGGGUGGGAACUCGCACCCGGUCUGGAGUUGGAGGAAGGCCUCUUUUUCCUCUUGAGCAACACGCUCCUCGUCCUAGGGAACAUCGCGCUCUCGCAAACCUUCGCUCUAGCAGACGUGCUCUCCCUGCAGCACCCCCACCAAAACUGGCACACCGACUCCAACCCCCUGCACACCUUACCCACCCUGCUCGCCGCCCUCCUCCUCCCGGCACAAGACUACCCCAGCACUCUGAUCUCCCAUUUGAGCGACGCGGCUGUUACGCUUAGGGAGAAAAGUAAGAGUUUUGAUCUGGCGGCGGCGUUGUUUGGAGAUAGGUGUAGGCUGUUGUUGCUCUCUUACUACGCGUUCUGUAGAGCGACAGACGACUUUGUAGACGAACGACAGGGACAAGCACAGGGGCAGGGAGGGGGAGAGGGAGAGGGGGGUGUGGAGGUUAUCGAAAGGUUUUUGGGGUUGUGUUACCCCGAGCUUCGGUUUGAGCUGGGGAAGGAGGAGGGGGAGGGUGGGACCGCGCCCGCUGGCGAGGGCGAAGGCGAAGGCGAAGGGGCUGCAAAGGACUACAUGAACGGGAAAGUUCACGACAAGGCAGCGAAUGGACAUGAGAACGGAAACACUCAUAAAGCGAACAGGCCGACACAAGACCGGAUGCACUCCGAAAAAGUGGAGGCGUACAUCCUCACCCUCCCCCCUCAGCUCCAACCUUCUUUUUCCCUCUUUUACCUGUUGGUGCCUUUCUUACCCCCUGAGCCGGUGCUGGACUUGGUCAAGGGGUAUGAGUUCGAUUUGGCUGCUUUCCCUGUUGCGGGAACGAAGGGGGAGGAUGUGGGAGGGGCCAGGGGCGGGGAAGGGGCCGGGGAAGCGGAGGAGGAAAGGAAGAAGAACGAGAACGAGCAAUGGAACCCCGCUAUCAAGACAGAACAAGACCUGAUCCAGUACUGUCAACGCGUAGCCGGCUCGGUAGGCGUAGCCUGCACCUACCUAUUCGCCGCUUCCCAACCCCAACCCCAACCCCCCUGCACGCCCCCCACGCAGGAGUUACUGGAAAACGCGACAAACAUGGGCAUCGCACUCCAGCUUGUCAACAUCGCCAGGGAUAUAGAAGCUGACGCUCGCAUGGGGCGGAGUUACGUCCCUUCUUCCUGGGCCUCCUCCCCCUCCUCCCCCUCAUCCUGUCAGGCGGAUCCCACCACUCCGGCAACGAUCCUCUCCCACCCUAAAGAGUGCAUCGCCCUCUUCCGCCCCCGCCUCCUCACCCUCGCAUUCAAGUACUACGCCCUCUCCGCCCCCUCCCUGCACCUUCUGCCCACGCAGAGCAAACAAGGUGCCAGAGCGGCUGUAGCGGCGUAUAUGAGUAUGGGCUUGCUUAUGCGCUCCUGUCCCGGGUGGCCCGUCAGAAGUGGGUGGACGACGGCGGUGAAGGUGCUGGUUGUUUUGGGGGUGCUGUAUUUGCCGCUUUCUUUGGGGGGGGAGGGGAUGAGCUGGGAGCUGGGAGCUAGGAACUGGGAGCUGGCUGGACAGCUUGGCAGCUUGGCAGCUGGGAGCUUGGGGGAGAAAUGAGAAGUAGACAAGGACUUCCAUUUCUCCCUCGGGUCCUAGCAAAAGUAGAUAAAACGAACGAAAACCUGCUGCUGCAGGCUGCAAAAUACGUAUAUCAAAUAAUUUAUACGUCAAAUAGCCAGCACUAGCACUACCCCUAACAAAAGUAGAUAAAAUGAACGAAAAACUGCUGCUCCAGGCUACAAAAUACGUAUAUCAAAUGAUU